GCCUCGGGCAAACGAAAACUGAUCAACUUCAUAAUCAAUUUUUUUGAUUAAAAAGACCUGCUAUCUCAUCAUAAACUUACAACACAACUGCAAUUUAGCCGAGAGCAAUUUUCAUUAUUCUACCAAUGAGAGGCGUGGAUGAUACAAUUCGUAAUAAAAUUUCGCAUCCUAAUUUUUAAAAAAUACUUGCUUCAAUCGAAGCAUAGCAUCAAAUUUACUCAUAAUUGCUUCCAUUCAAAAUCAAUUAUUGAAUUGAUUUCCUUCGCAAUUUUUAAUUUUUUCUUUCCAAGUUUUGAGCCAGGUCUUACUAGAUUACUCAGCGUAGAUUCGAUUCUUUUAAGCAAUAUAAUGGGAUUACUAACUUCAUCCCUUGACUUCAGAAGGUCCUCCUAGUCAUAGAACUACAUGUUCAUGUCCUUGUGAUACGUUGGGCUCCUAAAUUUCCUUCUUAGCUCAACCUUGCUCAGCGAUUGCAAAUUAUAUUAAAAAUGGACCCUGAUUACAGCAAUAACAACAACGGCUCUUUUAACCAAUCAAGUCUAGCAGGUACUGCUACCUUGCUUGGAGCAUCGGGAUCAUCAACUCCGCAUAACUCCGGGCAACAAAAUAACCCGUCAAAGUUCCAAUCGAAUCACACUCUUUCAAUUGCGCCAAAUUUGAGUUUUGUCAACUCUCCUGGAAGCCGCAGGCGAUUUAACGACAACGCACCAAAGUUACCUCUGCAGGGCUCGGUUUCGGCGAAUUAUGAUUGUAAUCAAUCGCCAUCUUCAAACUUAUCACCUUCGUUGACCCCUGGAUCGGAAACUUCGGAUCCGUUUCGCUUCUCCUUGAACGGUUCUCAAUUCUCGCCAUCGCUCAGUCAACAACAUUCGAAUGCAUCCGAGUUCAGUUAUCACAAUGCGCCACAGGUUGCGUCACAAAUGACCUCGCCCAGCUCGUCGCUGAACUGUUCUUCGAGCUCACUUCAGCCUGGCCAGCAGGGGGUGGGGAAAACAGCGACGUCGAUGGGAGGGGGAAGGAAGUUCAGAUCAGUUGUAAAGCUGGUGAUUAAUGAAAAAAGAGCCACUUCUCACUACAAAGCAAAGUACACGUACAAUGGAGCUGACUUGGUUGCGCAUGUCGCCGAGUUCUCCCAGCGUCUUGCGACUACUUUGGAAGCGAAUGCAUUUCAACUGCAGUCACUCAUGGAAUCAUACAGACCCACACACGAACAGUUUCUUCAGGAGAGAGUUGAUUGUCCGAUGCACUUGUUAACUGCCUGGGAAGCCCUCACGAAAGAGUUCGAUAAGAGAGCCGAGGAGGACAUGUCAUUGGCUAAAUUUCUGGCCAGUGAGGUUUCAGUGCCGCUCUAUGACCUGGUGCAGAGCAAGAAACAGACCAACAAGAAGUCUGCCAAGGACGAAAUCGAAGUGGCUCUCGAACAUCAAGAGGAAAUGCUUAACAAGGUGCAAAAACAGUACAACGAAGUUUACAACAAAUACAAAACAUCCACCAGCAAAUCCCAACCAUCG